UUUUUAAACAGUCGAACGAAGUUCGUUUGCACGGCACUCGCUGCGAAAUCACAGAAAAUAUGGAUUUCCUAAACGAUUUCAAGACCCUGGCCAAAGGCGACAAGAUCCGCACCGACAACAACAUAUUCAAGUUGCAUUACAAGUUUUCGGUGCUGCUUUUGAUCGCCUUUUCAGUCUUGUUGUCUAGUAAACAAUAUUUCGGCGAUCCGAUUAAUUGCGAUGUGGAAGCUCAUAAAGAAACUGUCGAAGUUUUUUGUUGGGUUACCGGCACUUUUGUCAUUGAGGAUAAUACACCAGAAGAAAAUUUCAUAUACGGAUUGGGAAACGAAGCGGGAAAGCGUACAUACACUUUACUAUUUUACCAAUGGAUAUGCCUGCUUUUUUUCUUGCAAGCCUUAUUGUUUUACAUGCCAAGGUAUUUAUGGAAAACUUGGGAAGGAAAUCGAUUGGGAGAAGUUGUAGAUGGUCUUGGUGGUCCGCUUAUAUCAGAAAAAUGGUCGCCAGAUCGAAAGGAACAAAUAAAACGGUUUAUUUUGAACCAAGAAAACCACGACAUUUUCGCUUAUCGUUUCGCUAUUUGUGAAGUUUUGAAUUUGUGUAAUUUGAUAAUACAAGUUUACAUAAUGGACUGGUACCUGGAAGGACGCUUUUCCCUCUACGGCUACGACGUAGUCACCAAACCCUGGCCGCAAACUUACAACGCAGUCUUCCCAAAAAGAACCAAAUGCACUUACCAUAAAUUCGGACAAUCGGGUAGUUUCGUCAACAGGGACGCCCUCUGUGUGCUCCCUUUGAACGUUUUAAACGAAAAGUUUUUCCUUAUCCUCUGGUUCUGGAUAGCAGGUCUGUUUUUGCUGACUAUCGCCGCCCUAAUUUACAGAGCAAUGAUUAUUUGUUGGGUGCACUUUCGUCUGUAUAUAUUGAUAGCUCAGGCUCGUACUUUUAACAGGAAAAAAUUGAGGAUUAUUGUGUGGAAUAUUUCACAUGGUCAAUUUUUCUUGCUCUAUAAUGUGGGCAAAAAUAUGAAUCCGUUAAUUUUUAAGGAGUUUUUGAACUUUGUUUUCCAUCAAUUGGAAAUAAAAGGUGAUGAUUUUUCGAAUCUAUAAUUUGUCAGUUUACCAAAAAGAACUUAUUGAAUAUUAUGUCCGAGUAUUAUUAUUAUUCGUAAGAAUGUUCAGUGAUUAUUUAAACUCUAAUGCUUGGCAUUUCUUUUUUUGAAACAGAAGCAAUUAUUUGCCAUUAAAAUUUCAGUAUGUAUUACUGAAGAAAAUACUCAAGUAAGAUGCCAGAUUGAUUUGUUUGUUUGUUAAAAAAAUUAUUUAAUUUUUGAUAUUUGGUAAGUUUGUUAUUAGUUUGUAGUAUAAUUAUUGAGUGAAAAUGCUCUCUUUAAUAUAGGAUGUUAUAAAUUCGAUUUUGGCACCUGAAAUUAAGAAGCCGAUUGUGAAUACACAAAUUGCAUUAUUUGCAAUUUCAAGGUGCCUUAAAUAACUUAAGUGAUAUAUUUAUCACAUGAUAAUUUGUGAUAAAUUUGAUUAAUUAAGUAUUGUAUAUAAUUAUUAUGUAUUAGAAAAUUUUGUUCUUUUUUUUUUAAUAUCAUUUGUUGAGGUUUUUGUACAGACUGGUUAGAAAUAAAAGUUUAGUUGAUUUUGAUAUAUUUUGACUUUUUUUUUAAUAAUUGAAACAUCUCAACACUAAUAUUUAAACUCCUGAUGAACCAGUGUGUUUUUUAGAUUUUAGCUUCUUAUAAGCCUCGAUAACUUCUUUUUGUUGCUUGUCCAAUUGUCUUCUCAAAGCAUGGGGCAUGUCUUUUCUUUUCCCCUUUUUAUCCAAGUUGUUUGCAACUUUUGUAAAACUAGUUUUCUUAGUAUUAUUAUUUUCUGUCUUAUUAAUUAUUUUUGUGUCAUCAGUUAGCAUUGAUUUCAAUAAAAGUUCCUUUUGACCAGGCCUUGCAGCUCCCUGUAUUUUUUGAACUUUUUUUGGGGCCACAAGUGUCGGUGGUGCAUGUACAACAUCCCCAAAUUUGAAAUUCUCUUUUUGUGGCACAAAACCAAAAUCUAUAUCCUUGUUGUUUUGUUUCUUAUUCUUUUUUGCAGUCUUUUUCAAAGCCCAUUUUUGUGAUUUUGUUAGUUUGGGCUCAGUAUCUGUUUGAUUUAUUUUCUUGCCUUUAUAAUUUUUUUUGGAUUUUUGUUCUUUCUUCAGUUUUUUGACUAAUUGUUCCAGUUCGUCUUUGGGCCUUUUUACAACUUUUUCCACCUCGCCAUCUUGAUUCCGUUUAAUGUCCACUUGAUAUUUGUCCUCGAAAGCUGCUUCUUUGAUGACUUCGCUGCAUAUUCUGUUCAUUCUAUGUUUGAAUUCUCUGUCAGUUUCUCCAGGAAAUUGUUCAAACUUUGGAGUGGGGUUUCUUGAUAUUUUUUUAAUUGUAUUUGUUUUAUCUUUUUUUUGCUUCUUUUUUUUAUUGAACAAGCCUUGUUUCACCUUAUUUUUUAGGUCAAUUAUCCUGGAAAGACUGCUUGGAAUUUGCUGGUCGUCUGGGUGGGAUGGAGGUGCAUUUAUUUUGUCUUUUAUU